AUGAUGAGCAGGAACGGGCCACCGCACGAGAGCGAUGCAGCACAGCACCAACAGGUUCAGGCACCGCGCAUCCACGAAGCGAUGGUGAGCAGGAACGGGCCACCGCGCGAGAGCGAUGCAGCACAGCACCAACAGGUUCAGGCACCGCGCAUCCACGAAGCGAUGGUGAGCAGGAACGGGCCACCGCGCGAGAGCGAUGCAGCACAGCACCAACAGGUUCAGGCACCGCGCAUCCACGAAGCGAUGGUGAGCAGGAACGGGCCACCGCGCGAGAGCGAUGCAGCACAGCACCAACAGGUUCAGGCACCGCGCAUCCACGAAGCGAUGGUGAGCAGGAACGGGCCACCGCGCGAGAGCGAUGCAGCACAGCACCAACAGGUUCAGGCACCGCGCAUCCACGAAGCGAUGAUGAGCAGGAACGGGCCACCGCACGAGAGCGAUGCAGCGCAGCACCAACAGGUUCAGGCACCGCGCAUCCACGAAGCGAUGAUGAGCAGGAACGGGCCACCGCACGAGAGCGAUGCAGCACAGCACCAACAGGUUCAGGCACCGCGCAUCCACGAAGCGAUGGUGAGCAGGAACGGGCCACCGCGCGAGAGCGAUGCAGCACAGCACCAACAGGAUCAGGCACCUCGCAUCCACGAAGCGAUGAUGAGCAGGAACGGGCCACCGCACGAGAGCGAUGCAGCGCAGCACCAACCGGAUCAGGCACCGCGCAUCCACGAAACGAUGAUGAGCGGGAACGGAUGGCAUCGUAUGGUGUUUCUUGGAGCAUACUUGGCAUCGUUUCUCGCAAGGGCAUUUUGCUGCAGCAUGCUGUCGGGAGAAGCAAUUGAUGCACUUACCUAA